GUGAUUGUGUGACUAGUUUCACCUGCUGCGUUCCCACAAGAGUGUGCGCACACAAACACAGUUUUAUUGCCAGUGAGAACACUGACACAUUCAAAGGUUCCUUUCACUCCUGAGUUAUUCAUCCACUAACAUGACUGGAAGAGCUGUUUUCCUGGGACUCCUGCUUGUUUGUUUGGCUGCAGAUGCAGAGAAGACGUCAGGACUCAUGAGAAAGCCUUCGUGUCCUGGAAUGGAGGAGAUCAUGGCGUGCCCUCGGGACUUCGCUCCUGUGUGUGGCAGCGACGGAAACACUUAUGCCAACGAGUGUACCCUAUGUGUCCAGAGACAAACAACCGGGAUGGAAAUUUUGAUCGUCAAGGAGGAGAGCUGCUGAUCUGCACCGGAGGAGGCGUCACCAGGGACUCAUCAGGAUCUGAUCAUGUGUCCACUGUGGAUCUUUGACCUACCUGGAUAGGUCAUGAUAUUUGUCAUGAGCAAUUAAAUAUGAUUAAGCAGUC